AUGGCCGACACCAAACCAGCCGACGCCAACAUGAGCAGCGGUCAACCAGCCAAAGACUCGUUGCCCGAGUCCAAAGACGCCGUACCCAUGAAGACGCUGCCGCAAUCCUCAUCGACAGAUGCCGAUGCCGCCGCCGCCGCGAAUACAACAAAGACGACGACCACGACGACGACUUCAUCAAAUGGGGCACUCGGCGCUGCUGCGUCAACAUACCUCGAAGCCAGCAACAAUACCACCACUGAUACCGCCGCUGCGACCUCGACGACCAGCGAUGUCAGCGACUCAAUCGAACGAUCCACCAAAGGGAAGGAGAAGGAACCCACUCCCCCGCCAGUGGCCAAGAGCCAAGAUGACGCCAUGGCUAUCGGCCCUUCCGUCGAUGAUGUCCAGUCCAUCAACAACUCUCCAUCAGAUGGUCCAGUCUGUAACAUUACGCUCCUGUUAACGACUGGCGCACGACACCCUUACAAGCUGGAUGAGAAGUACCUGACAAAGAGAAACGUGAACGUCCCUGGGCUGACCGAGGCGGGAAAGAAGGACCCCUUUACCAUCAGCGUAUACACGUUAAAGGAGUUGAUACUGCGGGAGUGGCGUGAAGAAUGGGAUCCCAAGCCGGCGAGCCCCAGCAGCAUACGGCUGAUUCACUUUGGAAAACUGUUGGACGACAAGGACCAACUGAAGCAAUAUCAUUUCAGCGCAGAGGCAGCCAAUGUCGUACACAUGACAGUUCGGCCAGCCGACAUUGUUGAGGAGGAAGAGCCCAAGGGAGGCAACAAGUCAACCUCCGGCGGUGGCCGCAGCCGAGAAGGUGGCGGCGGAUGCUGUGUCAUCUUAUGA